AUGCGCACAGUCAUGAACCCAGAGAUUUACUUGUCUUGCCAGCGAAGAUAUGUAUAUAUAGUCGAGGCAAGCCCAUCUCCAGCGUAUCAGAGACUCUCGUCAACACCUGCUACUUUCAGAGGGCGGGUCUACAAGGUGGCAGGCACCGCCUCCACGGGGUGCUUCGUGACGGUACCCAGCGUCCCCACGAUCCGCACCGCGUCUCCAGUGGUGACUGUGCGAGCAGAUUCGGCAGGCGCUGGAACGCGAAGGGUGGCUCCGGUGACCUAUGUGGGUGGACCUGCAGCGGGCCCACCUGGAAGCCCUCGCGUGGUGUUGGGCCAUUCACCGGACUCGAGGACACGCUGCAACAGUCCUCCAGCCGCUUUGCCUCGGCAUGGGAGUCGACCUCCCAGGGCCGGCCCGGCUCCCGUCAGCCAGCAGCCUUGGCAGCAUCCUCCUCCAGCACAGUCACAUGUGAGCUCGCGCUUCAUUUUGGUGUCUCAUGAGGCGGCUGCGGCUGCUGGGAUGGAGCGCUGUGCUACUCCAAGAAGAGUACCUUCCAGACCUCCAGGAGGCCUCAUUCUUGCAGGCCAGUAA